GAACGAAAAGAUCUCUUCAUGAACCGUUCUGCUUCUAUUUGGAUAGCAGUGAACUAUGCCCAUGCCAGCUGUGUGAAAGGAAAGAACAUCUCAGUUACACCAAGAAAAGCAGGGAAGUGUUUGACACCAUCUAACAUAAAUGCCCAUCAGAUCACAAAGCAAUUGGUAAUAAAAUGGAAUGUGCCUGCAACUCCUACAGAGUAUGAGUUGAGAUACAGAGAGGCACUCACAAAAACCCCUCAGUGGACAAGGGUGCCCAUAGAAAGCAAUGCUGUCAACAUCACUGUUUCAAAUGCUACAUCUUCAUAUAUCAUUCAGCUCAGAUGUAUAACCAAGGAUAGUCUUCACUGUGUUUGCAUUUGGAGUAGAGAGAUUUUGGUUCCUCACAAGCUCAUGAACAAGCCAAGAAUAUCAUAUAAUGCAACUACAGAAAUAUCACCAGGCAGAAGAAGUGUUCUUCUUCAGUGGGAGGUAACGCAAAGUGAGAACACCAUUGGAUACUAUAUUGAUGUUGAAAGAAUACCCAAUAGUUGCAGGGAUUCAUCACAUCGCAUCACUCUAAAGGACAGAAAAGUUCUUCUAAAUCUCUCUUUGGCUUACCAUAGGGUUAAUAUUGCUGCCUAUAACAAAGUGGGACAAUCUCCACAAACCCUAUACAUUGUCCCAGAUUUCUCUGCAACAGAUUUGCCUGGCCAAAUCAAUGUUAAACCUCAGGGAACUAAUGCAGUUGUCACGUGGAUUCCAGAAUACAGUCCAAAAUGUUUUGUGGUUGACUGGGGCACUGGUAAAGAGGAUAUGCACAUGAAAAUAGUGGCUACAGCUGCUGGAAAUUUCACCUUAGACAAUAUUAAUCCAUAUAAGUUGUACAAAGUCAUGGUGCAUGCAUCUGAUGUGUGUCAGUGUGAAAAUGUCACAAGACAUGAAAAGACUUUUGGAGUGACACACUUUUACUCAGUUGAAGGAGUUCCUAGGGUAGGUCCCUCUAAUAUAACAAUCCUGAACAUCACAAAGCAUUCUGCAUUUGUGAAGUGGACUGAAAUAUCUGCUGAAGACUGUAUGGGCUUUCUUCAGGGAUACAGAAUCAACUACAUAGAUUCAUCAAGGAAAAAGUUUCUGGCUGCUAGCAUCAACUCUUCUACUACAAGUUACCAUCUUACUGGACUUAAGGAAAAGACCAUCUACCGUGUACAGAUUUCAGGAUUCACUAAAGCUGGAGAAGGAUCACCGUCUUUUUCACAACCUUUCAGUACUCUAAAAUAUGGUACUGUGGAAUCUGUAUGCUACUGUGUUGCCCAUCAGCAGUCUUGGCUUUAUACUCCAUUAUACAAGGCAUUAUUCUACACCCUUUCACUUUUCCCUGCUUUUGAAGGAAUAACAAAGUGCUCAUGCACAGGAUUUAUUAUUCACUUCUUCGUUUACUGAUUACAAAGGCAAAAUUGUUCAUUUGCUACAGAUGAACUGUGUAUCAUGAAACUUUGCUUGUAUUUCUUUACCUAACAUGCAGCGAAGACUUAGCUACGGUUCCUCAUCUUUGUAACAUUUUUGUGAUCUUUUUAGGCUAGUUAUAUUAGCUGAUCCUUAUUUAUUGCAGACUUUUACCACAGGUUUCAGCAGUUUAAAUACUCUGCCUAUCACUUAUGAAGUUCAGUAGUCUUUGUUCUUGGCAAAAUGUUUAUCACAUAAAGCUGGUUUCCAGUUAGAUACCUCAGCCAACACUUUUUUUUUUUUUUUCCCAAAAAGGAAGUCACUCUUUCUACUGUGGCUGACAGUUGAUCAAACCUUCUGCUUUCUGACAGCUAGAGUCCUUUUUAUCUAACUGGCAAGAAUUUGCUUGUUUCAGAGGUGCCUCAGUAGGCUAAGGUCAAUACAAUUAUUUUUAUGGAGUUCCGUAUAUUGUAUUCACAUGUCGUUAGCUACAAUAUGGACUCUCAAGUAUUUUCAGCACAUUAUCAAUUGGACAAAACAGGAAUCCCAGAAUAUGUGUAAAGUUUGACUCACGUUUAAAGUAUAUCUGUAGUGGAGACAAUAACGCCUCUCUCUACUUGGUAGCACAAAUCUGAUUCAGUCUUUCUGUUGCUUCCAUCAGAAAAAGGAGAAUUUGAAGGUUUAAUGACUGGCCUUUGUUUCAGCAUAAUGUUUGCUCUGGUUUUUGCACCUAUGACAUGUAUUCUGAUGCUUAAGAGGUAAGACAUGAAUAUUGACUAAAGCUAUUCGCAGUAACUCCCUCUUACUUAACUCUGACUUCCAUAGCACUGUGCAUUUUUUUUUUUCAUUAAAAGCAAAUCAAUUCAAAAGUACAAGGAAAAAAGCUCAGGCCAUAUGUUUUCACAGUGAGAGAAUUUACAAACCAGUAACAAGCUUAUUUAAAUGCUCUGUCAAAAAUCUAAAAUCUUUUGCUUUUGAUAGAGUUAACUGAUUACUUUCAGUCUCAAAUACCCUUGGUAAGAGGAAGGAUCAUUUAUCCCAGUAGAAAAUGGGGUAUAUAUAAGAAAACAAUGGUGUAUUUUGUUAUUUUAUUCUUUCAUUCCCAACUGAUGGUCAUGUCUUUUCUAUGGAAAUACAGGAGGAAAUUCCACCAGUAUACAUACAAAUGCUGCACUCAAAGCAUUUUCCUCUGAGCACAUUUAGAUGCUACUGUACAAAUUACACAAUUAAUGAAAAUAAUGAGAAGAAACGGAUGAGUAGGAAGAAGAGAGAAUAACAAGGGUGCCUGCAAGAUAUGGAUGAGGGAAGUGGUCUUCCCCUCAAAUUAAACUGAGGUGCAGUACUAGGGCCAUAUACUAACACUGAAAGAAAAUGGCUUGCAUAGUAAUCAAUUCUGAUACUCAUUUUCUCAAAAACUUAGUAGCACAUGACCAUUAUGAUCACUAUUAUGAUGUCCUAGGAUGCCACCUACCCUUCUUCUCCCUUUAAAAAGCACCAGCUUCAGAUGCUGAACAUGAAGCCAUUAAAAAGGGACUAACCUGUCACAAAAACACUGUCUCUACAGGGUCAGUGAGGAGAUCAGAUAACUCUACAGCCUCAGGCUUUACCUAAACAGAGAUAAAGUACCUGACAUCUAAUAAAGUUUAGAUUUGACUUUAAGACCACUGCAGUGAAGUCGGUGCUGAGGCAAGGCGAUGGCCUAGAUAACCUCAUGCUGUUUCUCACAACUGUGCUGGCUUUUUUCAUGUGGAUAUGAGUCAUUGCCCAGAGGUCCCACAGUGCAGCUCUGACAGCAGCUGCUGGCAGGGAGAAGCUCAGAUGGAAAACGCUGACAGAUGUUCUCCAGUGUCCUGGGGUGGCAGGAGUGAUGGUGUGCCGCCAUCAAGGGCUGUUCUCUUGGAAAGGAAGAAGGAGGAAAAAGACUCUUGCCUCAGCCUGAUCAGUAGUGAGGGAGACAGUGGGGCCUUGGCCCAGCCCUACUGGGGCUGCCCAGUGUCACUGCUUUCUAGAGACACUUCUUCACAAGCAUCCCUUGCUCUGUGUCAUUCACAGGGGAUGACAGGCAGCUUCUUCUCAGAAGCAGUGCAGGGAGCAGCCCCCAAGUCCUGCACGUACCUGUGGUGGUGAUAGCCAGGGCAUAUUGGACAGCUCAGAGACCAGCUGUCAGUUUUGUGCUUUUGAGCCCCAGGACCAAGAAAGGAGCUGGAAAGAAAGGGCUGUGAUGAGAGGGCUGAAGACAAACUGCCAGCUGAAACUGAUUAGAAUGGCACCAUUCUGAACCCUGCUCUACUCCCCUCUGGGAGGAUAAAGCUUUGAAACAAACAUAGUGGAUUUUGAUUUUGCAGCAUUUUAGAGUAAAUUAUCACUUACUCUACAGCUAUGGCAGAAACAACCUAGUGAAGGUACGUUUAGGUUUGUGUCAGAUGAAAUGGUGAGAUACUAUAAUUCCUUCCAGAAAGGGCUGAACUCAUACUGUGAGAAAAGAGUAUUACCCAUGUUGCUCUCCACAUUCCAGACUGCAGAUCCUAGGGAGAGCCUUCUCCAGAUCAAAAGUGUGAUUUUAAUGAAGUUAAAAAUAUCCAAAUGUGGCUUUAUUUCUUUUUUUUUUUUCUUAAGGAAAACUAAGCUUCUAUGUAGAAAGGAGAAAAUACUCCCUUAAACAAAAGUCGUCCUACAAGUCCUCAAAGAAUAUAGAGAUUUUUGUGGAAAUAUGUGAUGAUAAAACCACAGAAAGACACAGCAUUACCAGCUCCUGUCACAAUUAAUUUGUCCUUAAACAAAGAUACUAAUUGAGCAUAUCAGAGUAGUCUAACAAGCUUGGCCUGCAGUUUUUAAUUGUCAUCAUGCUUACCAGUCAUUGUAGAACAUCCUGAUUUGAUGGUCAUGAAAAUACCAACAUACCAGGUACAGCAGUUAAUUUAAAUGUGCAGGAAGUGCCAGUUAUUUAACCUGUCAAUAAACUUUGAAUAUUUGUUUACAGGUUGAAAAUAUCAUGCUGGUCCAGUGUACCAAAUCCAAGAAAGAGCAGUGCAAUACAAGAUAUGGCAAGUAUAAUUCCAACAGUGUGAAAAAAUGUACUAGGAAAAUCUUUCCUACUUAUUAAUCACUAACACGUACUAUUAUUGUUUUCACACUUCAUCCUAACACAAGUCUCAUUUCAACAGUUGGGAAGCUAGGGUAAUAUUAGAAAUAUGCAACGGGGAAGGUUGUUGUUUAGGCAGAGACUGUACAGAUCUUUUAGCUUAAGAAAGGUUCUCAGACUCCUUUUGAAAACACGUUAAAGCACAUUUAAAUGAAUUGUUGUUAAAAGAACAAGAAAAUGUUGAACAGGUAAAGUUGUCAAGAGGGAGAAGUUCAGUUAUACCCAGUCACUUUUCAACAGCUGGGUCAGAUUAUUGAGUACAAGUUACUCAAAAUACAAAGUGACACAUUGUGGCCUAAUUCCACAAAAGCAGAAUUCACAAGAGGUAACGUAUAUGGUGUUUUCUGAAACCCAGUCUUCACCUCUCAGUCUCUACGUGAUUCUACAGAAAUUUUGGGGCUUUGGCUUGUCAGCUGGUAGCUGUCUGAGGCGGCAUAUACUAGUCAAGAGGCAACACAGUUCAGCAGCACAUUCAAACCUUGCCCUCCUACCCACAAAAUUCCCGUAUGUUUUGGUAAAGCUAUUUGAAUUUCAGGACUAACAAAGCACCUGGAAAAUAGCUGGAAAAUGUGCUCCUGCUCCACUUUUGCUGAUAUAUGAUAACUUAAAGUCCUUCCUCUAGUACACUUCAGUUUAUCUCCCAAGUCUCUGACUGCUAACCAUUAUGUUUUUGGAACAGGAAUUUUUACUGCUUCCUUUUAAAAUCAUUUUGAUUUUCCUGGCAGACCUGAACUUAGUUUGGCACUUGUAGAUCUAGGCCAACAUUGUGAGCCAUAGCAAAGUAGACUUGUGUCUAUUUAGCACAAGGAAAAGUUAGCCGAAAUAAGUGAUCAGGUGAAAUACGUAUUUCUCAAUGUAUCCUGAUGGGUAGAGAUACAAAUAUGACACUUCCUUGUUUCUAAUCAUUAAGUCGAUGAGAGGAAGCACAUGUCAUUGUCAAGUUAAACUGAAGCUAGGGUUUGGAGAGCUUAAAGUUACAUACACAGGAAAAGUCAAGUGCACAAUUAAAGAUCAGGCCAGAAGCUGGAAGGCAUCUACAGCCCAGCACUGUCCAAAUCUAAGACAACAGAAUGAAACAAUUAGCAAUGACAUUAAUGAAGACACUGACCAGCUGCUGAUAAUCAAGUGGUUAGAUGAAGACAAGUAUUUCCUUCUUCCUUUGUAUAACAAAAAUGUCUGAAAUCUGGUCUUUUUUGCUUUUCCUAUUUAAUAGUAUACAAGGAGUUUGCUUUCUAAUAGGAGCUGCAGUCUCUCUCCUACACAUUAGUAGACUACAGAUAUGAUAAGGGCAUAGUUUUCUGCUGUGGCUGAUGAGGAGUAGAUAAUAUGGGGCUUCAGUCAUCAUAAUUUAAGGAUGUGAGCAUAAGACAGCUGGAGUCAAGAAGAGUAAUGUAUGUGUGCAAAGGCUGGCACAGACCAUGCUUUGGUGUUGUAACUACUCAGGAUAUGAUAGGUAGGAACAGGUCCUUGUCAUGCUUUGUGAGAUCACACUGGUCCCAGGAGUUGGAAAGAUUACAGCUGAUGCAUAUUGUUCAUACAUCAAAAAAAAUUAGAAGCUCGUAUGGAACUUAUUUUAGAUUAGUUAGUAUAGAGUUAGGGCACUUGAUCAUAAUAAAUGGAAUCAUGGAAGUACAUAUCAGAGGUUACCUCCUAGUUUUGUUUCAGUAAAUUGACAAUUUCACUUUGCCAAGGUAUUAUACCAAUGCUACAAUUUCUUCUUGUCUUUCCUUGCAGAGUAAUUGGAAACCCAUUUCAAAAUCGCUGCUUCAAACCUUGCCAGACAAUUAUACCACCAGUCUUUAUGUCAUAGAGCAUGAGGCAAAGGCUUCUUUGAAGCCAGACCACUUCACAGAUGGUGUAGAAGACAGCAAGCACAUCAGUGAGUCAGAAGAACCUAGCAAGAACACAGGCAUAAAUGUAACACAGAAAGAAAUCCCUGAAAAAAGGGCUACAAGUGAAAAAGAUGGAAUAAUUUCCAUUACAGUACCACUCUUGAGCGACUACACCAGCAUGGAGUGCAGCCAGAAAGCUCUGAUGAGUCUGACAGUGAAGCUGCCUGCAAGAGCUGCUCAUCCUCACCUGGAAAUGGAACUAAGUAGUAAGCCAACACAAACUAAGCAUCAAGUUCUGUUUGCUCCCCAGGACUACCUCAAACAAAGCCAGGUAGUAUUUUUGCCAUCUGGACCAACUUUGAUGGGAAAAGUCAAUUUGAACUGAGGAAUCUUAAAAAAUUCAACUUUCAAAAUCUCUGAUGUGUGAAUGGAGGCAUUAGGACUAUAUAUGACAGUGAGUUUGUGACAAGGGCUGUCCUCUAGUUCAGUGAAAUAGAUCUACUACAUAAUCAGAUUAGAUAUUUCACCAUAGUCAUUCUGUUGGAACUCCUCAUCUUCACACAGGCAAAUUUUUCAGAGAACUGUAUUAAAACAUUUCAGUAAGGUACAUCUCCUUGUUCAUUCCUCAGAACAAUGGCACUCAAGAAGCCAUUUCUAGUCUUCUGGUCUAAAAACAACAUUAUUCUAGUCAUCAGAAGAGCUUGCUAGUUAGUGUGACCAGUAUAAGAUCUGAUUUUCAGGUGUGAAAAGAAUGUUUUUUAGUAAAAAUUGUACAA